AAAUUGAAUUGAAUUAAUGAUUGUUUACGAUGAAAAUGGCGGACAACACAAGCCAAGGAUGGGAGGAAUCAACUUAUUAUAAACAAAUGGAACUGUGUAAAUGAUGAAUGAUAAACAAAUGUCGCACCCAUAAUUACACGAAAAAGGCUUUUAGUUACAUUUGCGACAUUAAUCAACUUUGCUGUCUAUGAAGAUUGCACGUUCUUUCUUUGGUGACAAUAAACCUUUUUCAUCGUUUGAUCUUGAAAUACUUCUAACUGACAACAACCAAGCUUCUGGAGUGGAAUUGUGGGAAGAAAUGUGCUCCAUUGAGGAGGAACGUACUGGUCAAAGAGAGCUGCACAAACUUCAAGUGAUGCUGCGAGAUAUCGAGCAAUCUAACGAUCUUCAAUCGCCAGAGAAAUGUAAGCAUAUUAAUGAACCGGUGGGUGAGUUCGAAGAUUCCAAAGACAGUAAUUCAGAUGAAAAACAAACGCACAAAUUUUCACUAGAAAAGAAUCAUUCGCAUCUUGAGGAGAGUCUUCUUGAGUAUGAAUCAGACUUCGAGGACUGGGAAGAAGACAUUACUUUAGACGAUGAAGAUAGCUGGUUGCUAAAAACUCCGCCCAAAAAUGCAAAGUCUGGAGAUAAGCCAAAAUGCUGGUUGACUGAUGACAUUAGAACUCCUGAGCUCAACAGAGUAAAGGGAUCAUUGGCAUCAAAACUUGAUCUCAUUUCCAUUCAGAACAGAAAAGAUAAAUUGAAUAAUUUACUUGCAAAGCAUAACAUUGGCCAGCAUUCUGAAUCAGCACCAGGGAGAUUAUACCAAGCUGAGAGCAUGUGCAGUGUGAUGAGUUUGGAUUGGGAGUAUGAUCAAGAUCAAAUAGCACUAUCUUCGCCCUAUGGGAGACCAGUGAUGGCUUAUGAAAAUUAUGAACUAACAGAUUCCCCAAUUCGACGAAGAGACUUCGGAAAAUCAAUGGAAAAUAACGCUUUGGACGAUUUACAACCCAUGAGUUUAAAGUUUGAAUCAUCGCCUGUUUCUCAACGAUCAGUGCAAAUUGCUCCAGGACCUCUAACUCGCAGGGUUGGUUCCUCAGGGAUGAAUGCAAAUUUCAGGAGCUCUUCGUUUUCAGACAGAAGUGAUUCGUCAGGUGACUUUUCAACAAGCCCACGUAGUUCUCUGGGAUCUUCAAGAAAUUCACUUGAAUUAGCAGAUGACAUUGCGGUUCGAAAACCAAAAGCAAAAGGAGGUAGGAAGAUCCUGCUUCCAAUUUCAUCAUUGUUUGAAGCUUCUAUCCCUGAAGAAACUCUGGAGAAUAAACGCGUGAAAUCUGGAAUAAUGUUAAAUCCUUACGCAGCUUGGGACUUAAUGACCGAGCAAAAACUUGCAUCAGGUCGCUGUUCAAGCGAAACAUCAUCAUUUCCACCCCAAGGUGAUGCCAACCUAACAGUCAAGCUUCCGACUGCGUCGUCGGACGGACCAGCCAUAAGACGACGUGCCCCUGGAAAUCAAUUGUCCCAGUCUAGUGACAGCAUCCCAAGAUCGAGGAGGUCGAAUAUAGGUUCGCCUUACUCAAGCAAAGAUCAAGUUAGUGCUUCUACUUCAGUAAGAAGUAGUAUGCCACGUCCGAGAACAUCAAUUCCUUCUUCUAAAAAGAAUGUUGUCUCUCCCCGGGUUUCUCAAAACCCCGAUGUAGUUCCAAGAAGAGGACGAAGUCCUGAACGCAGAUCUCGAAGCCCUGAUAUUGUACCAAGAAAGUCGGGCAUUGUACCACGCGGGCAACUGGCGAAUAGAUACUGAAUCUUUCACCUAGAGACCGUUGAAUGGCGCAUGAAGGCUGAAAGUAGUCUUAUACCUUCUAGCAACUAAAUAACUAUUUAAUACUGAGAAUGUUCCUUUUUUCUUAAUGUUUAUAGGCAGAAGUACUUCGAAAUCAUAUUUUUCAAUCUUAUUAUCGGUUGUUAAGUAUGACAGGAAAUUUCUUUCUCAUGUCAGCAAUAUGAUCAUUUAAAAUGUGUUAAAAAUUUUUCUUUUCUAGAUGAGGCUCUCUUUCUACAUAAGAUAUUUGUGAUCAAAAUACCAACGUAAACAGUGCUUUA